UAUGAACAGGAGAACCAUACUGACCUUAACUAGUUGCAAUUUUGCAAUGACCUAUUUGAUUGGUAGUAUUGCGUAAAAGGUUCGAAACUGAGCCAAUCAAAAUCUAUGUUAAAUCGGAGUGUGUUUCAUAGUUACAGUGUUCAGAUAAAGACAGUUUGUCACCGGAAAAUUGUGUCAACUAACUUCAUAAAAAUCAAGACAGUCUAGAACAGGUUUGAGAUUGACAAAGUGAGAGAAAGAAAUCAAAAUGGAGCAAGCCGUGCAGCAACAAAUUUUAAAGGCAGCGGAGAUUGUCGAAGAUCAAGUAGAUGCAGAGAUUCAGCGUCUUGAAACAAUGGACGAAGAUGAGUUGGAGAUCCUUCGUAGAAAACGUCUUGAAACCAUGAAGAAAGAUCAACAGCGCCGUCAAGAUUGGCUUGCGGUCGGACAUGGGUCUUACACCGAGCUACCAGAUGAGAAGGCAUUCUUUAACGAGUGCAAGAAAAGUGACAGUGUCGUUUGUCAUUUCUAUCGAGACAGCGCUUUCAGGUGUAAGAUUGUGGACAAACAUCUGCAAAUUUUAGCACCAAAACACAUGGAAACACGUUUUCUGAAGAUCAAUGUUGAGAAGAGCCCAUUUCUUGCAGAGAGAUUGAAGAUUGUUGUGAUCCCAACUAUUGCUCUGAUUAGUGGCGGACAAACCAAGGACUACAUUGUGGGUUUUGAUGAUCUCGGUGGCAAAGACGAUUUCAAGACUGAGAUGUUAGAGUGGCGUCUAGGCUGUGCCGGGGUCAUCAAAUACAACGGCAACUUGUCAGAGCCUCCCACAGCUGGUUCCUCGAAAAGCAAGAAAUCGCUCUUAGGACCUCAGAAGAAAAAGACGAUACGAGGAGGAAUGGAUGAUGAUUCAGACUCUGAUCUUGAAUGAAAUUAAUCACUUUCUGAAAUCCAGACUUCUGAGAUGUUUAAGUGGCAGCAGUUUUGCCAUUGUACUUGUGUUACACACUCAGAUAUUUGUGUCAAUUAAUAAUAAAUCAAGUCCAGUGAAUGAUGUCCCUUGUAUAGCAGAGCAAAAUGUAGCAGUUGCUACAAACAAUUCAUCAUUUGCUACUCACCAUUACCAUUCAUUGUGCACAAAAUCUGUUCAGUCUCAAUAUUUAUGUAAACUAGCUGAGCAAAGUUAUUUCCUAAAGUAUGUUAUGCUUGUUGGAACGCCUUUAGAUCAACAGUAACAUUUUUUUAAUUCGAUUCAAUGCAAUGAUGGCUAGGUACAAUUUGCACUUGACAAAAAGCACCUGGGUUAUUCAACUAGGUGCACAAGUGGUAAUUCCCAACAUCUUUAUCAAUUUUCUGGGGUAGUCCAGUUGACUCUCGCUAUUGUUAUUAAAAACAGUAAGCUCCUAAAUUUCUAGCUACCAGCUGCAAGUAUCUGGUUAAUAAAAAGUAUACUUGUGUAAAGUCGAAGUGCAAUCUGUACAAAAACAUUCCUGUGUCUUGUUUGAAAGCUUGUAAAAAUAGCGUGUACGAUGUACUUAACUUCUGGAUGGACAUUACAUGUAUACCCUGCGUAGACAAAGCUAAAACUAACUAAAAAUUACAUUGGUCCAGUUACUUUUGUGAUUACCAUUGGCAUGGAGGGAGACCUCCAUGCAAUACACCGAUCCAUUAGGCUCUGCCCAUGGCGCAUGUGUGAGCAAGAACACGCGAGCCUCUCCAAUGCCAUUCUGCACAACUUUGCUGCACGCGCCAAGCAUAUGCGUACGCAUGUCAGACCUUAUAGUGUCUGACUUUUAGUUGUGCAAUGGGUUGUGAUUGUCAAUACGCAGUGGGGCGGAGCUUAAUGGAUCCGUCUAUUAGUUACAACACAAGUGUGUGUCCAUAUUAAGGUCUACCAAUGUACGGCACCAUAAAUAAUACAAUGGCAAAUUGUGCAUCAAACCUUAGAACAGAAUUGACCAUUGUACAUAGUAAUUUGCUUUUGUUUGUUAUUGUUUCCAUUAGAUUUUUUAUUUAACCUUAAAAGAAAGUUUUGUUUGUGGAGUGAAUGUAAGUGUGAACAUUAGGCAAUAACAGUAUGAGGAGCCAUUUGUCAAUGAAUUAUGGAGGUUUGUAAGUUUCUUAAGCAUUUCUUGUCUGCUUAUCUUAAAUUGUUUGGUAUUUUUCUUAACUUGCUUAAAUUUUUAACCUUUGUAAAGCACCCCAAGACCCUUUUAGAGACCCUGGGUUAAGGGCGCUAUAUAAAAGCACUUUUAACAAUAUUUCUUGCUUUUUUAAGACUGCCUUCUCACUCUGUUACUGCCAUUAAUACAUACCUUUAAAUAAAAAACAGUACAAAUCAUAAGAAUUUUCAAUUUCUCUUUUUUCGAUCUUGCUUGAUAGGGAGGAGGGGGGGGGGACUUAGCCCCUGAAAACCGCCUGCAAGUGCUCAAAUGUUUUUUACAAGUAUGGGCUGAGCAGUCACUUUGGGUAAGGCAAUCAGUGGUGAUUUUCAGCGCUUCCCUUCCAGGGGUUUGUACCCAGAGGUGUCGAAGUGGUGCGCUGUCCGUAGUAACGAAGCAUGGCCUGAUGUAGACUUGAUUUCAAGUCUCAGAUCGCGGUUAUUCUUCUGCAUCUCAGCCACGAAAAAUGCCCCCACAUAUUAGCUAUCACUCGCAAUCUAUACUAGGGCUAAAUGAUGGAGGUUGAUUGCAAGAGGGUGCUGUUUGUAGCGGCUAUCAGGACGACUUUAAGCCACGAUCAAAGACUUGGAACCAAGUCUAGGCCUGAUGAUGACUUGUUGAACAUGGCAUCAUCUUUAAACUUCUGAGACUAUCCAUAAGCGGCCUUGUUACCAUGGGCAGCUUUCUGUAAAUCACUGAAAAUCGCCGCUGAUCUUCUAGUCAUGCGCGUCACUUGCCAAGUUAAAUAUUCGCACAACGAAUUAUUUAUAUUUUUCAUAAAGACUUGGCUAUAAUAGGCAGGACUGAAAGCACAGAAUGGUAUUGCUAAGCAGAAUCUGGUGCAGCCCAAAUUAUAAGUUAGUUUAGGUUUGCAUGGUUAAAAUGAACCCGGUCUAUAAAUAAAAAUAAACAAACAUAGGGAGACAAUAAUCACUUGCAUAGUGUUCAUUCAGAGUUUUAUUAUUAAGACUAUAGUAUGCUUGAUCACAUGCCUGUACAGUGCAAGAAAAUCAAAUGAUGAAAUUGGACAUAGUUUAAUCAAAAUUUGACGUCCAAAGUUUUUAAAUAAGCCCAGCUCAAAUAGCUUUGUUGAGUUUAUUUUGCAAAAUUGAAUGUUUCUCUAUGUUUUACAAUAGCAAAAAUAGUUGAACAACCUGAGAUUCAACCUGAAUCAUCUUUCUACACUCAUCUUUCUACACUCCCUUGAAAAGGCAUUUGAAGUAAAAAAAAAAAAAUUUUCUGUGGACUGGAAAACCAAUUAUGGUUUCCAUUACUC